GGCCACGUUGUUCGUGUUUUUCGCGUUCUUUCUUCUCGAAUCGUCGCUCGCUAUGGAAAGCCCGGCGAAGCUAAAUAUGAAACAGGGCUUGGCGAUGAACCAGGUGCUGGGAAUUUACGCCAUAACCAACGCCACCAACGAUUUGUGUAGGAAGCAAUCCGCGGGAUUUGCUCGAGCAUUGCGUGCCUUCGAACCGUGGGCUUUGAAAAUGUUUGAUUCCUCGUCUAAAUUGCAAUCGGGGAUACUCUACGGGAACCUUUUCGAAUUCGGCAGCUUCCGGCAGUGCUUGGAGAUAGACGAGACGACAAGAUUCGGCUCCAUCGCCGGAAAGCACUGCACCUUGAAGGUCUAUCCGGACACUCGCCUGAUCAAAAAGAUCCUCUCUUACAGAAACAUAUCGGAAAGAAGGUGGAGGAUAAUCAGCGGCUUGGUGCAAAACGCCACAUUGGAUUGGUCGGUGUGCAUUCCAGAGGCGUGUGGGGUUGAUGACGUGUUGUCCCAUUUCCGAAAGUUGAUCGAAGUGUUAACUGAAGGUUUGAACGUGACUGUUGGUUUGACAGAAGGAAACUGUUACACAAAAUGCGACUGGGCGUCAAUCAGCGGCACGGAAAUCAGCAUUUUCAUGGGAUUUGGCGUGUAUGCCCUGACUGUGGGAGUCAUAACGACAUACGAUUUUCGUUUUCCAACCGAUGAAAACAAUAACUACGUUGUCAAGACAUUUUCCGCUAGGCAGAACACCAAACGGAUAUUCGCCAGAGCAAAAGGCACCUCCGACCUAGAUUGUAUACACGGAAUAAGGGUCAUGAGCACUUGUUACGUAAUUAUAGGGCACCGAUUUCUUAUGGUGAUGUUUUACCCUGUGAUCAACAGUCUGCAUAUUAUUGAGGUACGUGUUGUGUCCAAUCAACUGCAGCCGCAUACGGGGUGUUGUAUGAUGACGUGGGAUCAAUUUAUGAGAGAAUCGUGGGUACUGUAUUACCGAAGCACGGCCAUCACCGGAGGAACAUUAUGCGUGGACACGUUCUUCAUGAUCAGCGGCACCCUGGUCAGUUUGGGUUACUUCACCCAAGCGUCCAAAGGAAGUACGAACUGGUUGGUCUUUUACCUCUACCGCUACCUUCGUAUCAGCGUUCCACUGGCAAUCGUGGUACUGUGGUACGCCACCCUGAUGCACCUCUUCGGCUCCGGUCCCUUAUGGAACGACAUGUUGCAACAGGUUCAAAAGCCGUGCCAGGAAUAUUGGUGGGCCACUAUCACCCACGUGCAAAACUACGUGCACCCAUUUCCGUUGUGUAUGGUGCAGGCGUGGUAUCUGACUUGCGACAUGCAAUAUUACUUUUUGUCCCCCGCUGUCCUGUUACCGCUGGACAAGUUUCCGAUGCUGGGAUACGCGAAUCUAGCUUUGAUUUAUUCGAUAUCGAUAGCGGUGAAUUUUUAUUUGGCUUGGAUCAAUAAGUACAACGGAGGCGUUCCUAUAACAAAUCACCUGUUCUCGACUAAAUUUUUUCAACAUUAUUAUAUAAGUCCGCAUACCAGGGUAUCGCCCUACCUGAUCGGCUUGGGAUUGGGCUACGCCCUACACAAAACGCGGGACAAGCGUUUGAAAAUUAGCACCGGAAUGGCUCUCGUUGGCUGGUCAUUAUGUUUUGCGACGAUGCUAGCGUCGCUCGUAGGUUGUCACGUGUUUUUCGUGGAAGAACAUGACUACGACAGGAUCGAGAGUUCUUUGUUCUUGGCCGUUUCCAGAUCGUCAUGGACCCUCGGAGUACUCUGGAUGGUAUGGGCCUGCGUUAACGGCUCCGGAGGACCGAUCAAUUACGUGUUAUCGCUUCACGUUUUUCGCGUGGUUGGCAGGAUCAGCUACGGAAUGUACCUGCUACACAUGCUGCUGCAAUUUACGAUGAGCGGGGCUGCAAAAAUGCCCGGCUACUUUUCCGACUUCUACGCGAUAUUCGCAGCGUUGGGUGAUGUGUGCGUCAUGCUCUUUGCAGGAUUCCUGUUUACGAUUUUGUUCGAAUCGCCGCUACAUCAGACGUUGAUGUACGCAUUGAAACGAAACGGAGACAGCGACGUAGCAAAAGUGAAACCCCUUCAGAGAGCGAUUGCAAAGUCUAAUGGUUGGCAUCCUUAAUAUCCAAGGUAAUAAAAAAAGCUAAUAAAACUGACAAUUUCAUCUGUAUUACUACUGAAUAAACGUAUGCAACUUU